AUGAAGCUAUUACGCGUUAACGCUGUCCUUGGUCGACGCGAAUUCUCCUCUUCAGCAAGAAGACAGAAGAUUAAUAAGAUCUGUGCUUCUGCUCAAGAUGCUAUCAAAGAUAUUAAAGGUAGUACGACGUUGUUGGUGGGAGGGUUUGGUUUUAGUGGUGUGCCGAAUUCUCUGAUAAAUGCGUUGCGAGAUAGACCGGAUCUGAAAGAUUUUACGGUUGUGUCGAAUAAUGCUGGAAUGCCAGGUGUUGGUCUUGGCCAAUUGCUCCAGACGAAGCAGAUCAGUAAGAUGGUGGCAUCUUUUAUUGGCGAGAAUAAGGUGUUUGAAAAGAUGUAUCUUACAGGAGAGUUAUCGUUGGAACUCACGCCGCAAGGUACAAUGGCAGAGAAAUGUGCUGCUGGAGCUGCGGGAGUGCCAGCUUUUUAUACACCUGCUGCGUUUGGUACUAUUGUUCAAACAGGAGAUCUCCCAGUCCGUUACAACCCUGAUGGCACUGUAGCUGUCAUGUCAAAAGCAAAAGAAACUCGCACCUUCAACAACAAAGAAUAUGUCAUGGAAGAAUCAAUAUUCGCCGACUAUGCGUUCGUCAAAGUUCAUAAAGCGGAUCGAAUGGGGAAUUGUCAAUUUCGAAAGGCUCAAAACAAUUUCAACGAAGCAAUGGGUAAAAAUGCUAAAAUUACUCUGGUGGAGAGUGAUCAUAUCGUCGAGGUAGGCGAUAUUGCGCCGGAAGAUAUACAUUUGCAGGGAAUUUAUGUUAGCAAAGUCAUUAAAAGCACAGAAGGGAAGCAGAUUGAAAAGACCACUUUUCGAAGGACACCUGAGGAGCUACAAGCAGCUGUCGGCGGUGGUUCCACCUCCCGCGAACGUAUCAUCAAACGCGCCGCCCGCGAAUUCAAAGAUGGUAUGCACGUGAACCUCGGAAUCGGCAUGCCCCUCGCGGCCCCAGCUUUCGUCGACCCAAAUAUCGAAGUGAUCCUGCAAUCCGAGAACGGCAUCUUGGGAAUGGGACCGUAUCCGUAUCCUGGUGAGGAAGAUCCGGAUCUCAUUAACCCGGGAAAAGAAAGUGUCACACUGAAUACGGGAGCGAGUUUGUUUGGGAGUCAUGAGAGUUUUGGAAUGAUCAGGGCGGGCAGGAUUGAUUUAACUAUGUUGGGGGCGUUGCAGGUUGGGAUGUUUGGUGAUUUGGCGAAUUUCAUGCUCCCCGGUAAAGUCAAGGGAAUUGGUGGAGCAAUGGAUUUAGUUGCCAAUCCUACUAAAACCAAAGUCGUCGUUACUAUGGAUCACGUCGACAAAAAAGGAAAUCCUAAAAUUCUCAAAGAAUGCACAUUCCCUCUCACAGGCCAGAAAUGCGUUUCCAGAAUCAUCACCGAGUUAGCUGUUUUUGAUGUUGAUUUUGAGGAGGGUCUGACUUUGAUUGAGGUUGCGGAGGGGGUUAGUGUUGAGCAGGUUAGGGAGAAGACGGAGGCGCCUUUUAGGGUUGCGGAGGAGUUGAAAACGAUGCUUUGCUAG